AUGGAUUAUGAUGCAUUGCUGUUGCUAAAAAAAUUCUCCGACACAAUUUCCACCAUUGUACCUACUGAUAGGAAUGCAUUAAUGUUGAGGGCAGGUCUGGAAACAUUGGAAGAGGGAAUUAACAUAUCCAUCACUGAAACUGAAUAUUUCAUACCUGAAAUUUUAUCUUCUGAUCAAUUUGUGACUAAAAUUUCUUAUGCUGACGAGCAGAGUGAGUGUCAGGGUAUAAAUUCAGAAGGUCCUGAGAUUAAUCACAACAAGAAGAUUAGAGUAGAGAAAUUGAAAAGAGACUCGAAGAGAAAAAUAAUCCAGCAAAAAAAAAAAAAAUUUAUACAUGAAGUUUUGGAAAGAACUGCAAUAGGGUAG